AAAGCGAAAGAGGAAACCGGUUCGAUUUUUAUUUUCUACCGAUCCAGCCACGGGACUCAGAAAUAACAAAGGGACGUAUAAAGGUCAGAAAAAAUCUAAAGAAAAGAGGCUGAACCCCGAGUUUGACGUCUCUGGCGAAGAAUCUAUUCUCCAUGGCUGCAAGCACUCAAACAAUCCUUGAAUGGCACCAAUACGUGCAUGCUCUGAAGCACUUAAAGCUGGCAGGGUCAGUGGACUCAACAUGAUCGCGUAAAUGAAUUGACGAUUAUGAUCAAAUAGCAAAUGCGCUUGAAUUGACUCUUAACAUCAAGCCGGUCAUGUGCGCAGAAAUGUAAUUCGGUAAGUGUCUGCGCAUGCAUGAGUAACGAGCUAGCAAAAUGGCGGAUGCCUCCUAUUACCUCAGAGCAGUUUUGUCCCAAGGAGCUGGGAGCUCCUCAGUUCCAUUCCUCAGUUUCAAAGUUGGACACCCCAAUCAAUUUGAAAGUUGAAUUUGCCAUUUUAAUUAUUCUUUUUCGAUUCCCUGAUGUAAUCACUUGCAUAAGGGACUGACACAGCAACAUGAUUUUAUCAAAUGUGACAUUGUUAUCAGUAUGUGUCAAUGGUGCUAAAAAUCUACUGUAACAUUUAUAAGCUUACUUUAUAUUUAUGAUAAAUCAAUAUAAUCUUACAGAGACUGAAGAGACAGCAGAACACUGCAUUCCAAAUGAUGGAGAAAAUGCAGAUUUGUCAGAUGAUUUUACGGAUAUUUUAAGCCGAGCAAGAGAACUGCUGAGAAACUGGGAGGGACAGAGCAGGCACAGGCCUUCCUGGAGCGAAAGAUCCAUCACACUACAAGAAAGCUGGGAAUCUCUGCGUUCUCAGCUAUUCAAUGCUAAACUAGAGUCGUUUGCAGUAAUGCCCAGCCAAACAUGCAUGCUUUGUAUUAAUAAAAUGCCAAGUAUACAGUGCUCAGACUGUGGACCAAGAACUGCUUUGUGUUCUGAGUGUGAUAUAUCUGUACAUAAAAGCAGUCCAUUCCAUGACAGACAGGCACUGGUGAAGGGCCAUUAUGUUCCAAUAGUGCCCUGCUUAUCAUGGUGUACUACCUCAGAGACCUGGAAAAAUGAGAGUAAAAGUAUCCCUACUAAAGAUGAGGUCUAUUGCCCUGAGUGCAACCACAAAUGCUGCAUAGCUGGAUUCCUUGAAUCACAUAUAUUUGUUGUGACUAUGAAAGGGCGGUUUGAUCUGAAUAACCUGAGAUACGUUUGUACCAGUUGUGAUAAGACAAGGGGGGGUAACCACCCCAUUAUUCUUGUGCAGCUCGGCUUCUGGCCAGGGAGCAUAACCGGUGCAUGUUACGCCUUUGAUGAUAGCCUCUUUGUCUACUGGGACAUGCUGCAGAAGCAGGUGCCAGGCAUCUCAGAAAGGGCCUUUCUCAAAUCUCUUGAGGAGUUCUCCAAGUGUAGAGGGCGAGUUGGCACAGUCAAUCCACAGACAUUCCGGACAGCAUUUCGUGAAUGGAAAUAUUGCCAGUUUGAGAUAGAUAAAAUCCGCCAACUUGACUGGAUGACCUGCCCAGCCUGUGACGACCUGCCACAUUCCAUGCACGUUGAUGGUAACAUGAAGCUUUACCGGUUCGCAUCUGCAGGAAAACGUAAAGCAGACAGUUACUACGGUGAAGCCUUCAUUGCCAAUAACGUAAAGGUCGAUGCACACUUGCAAAAUGUGUACCAGUGCCCCACGAAGAAGAGUGACAGUUCUAAUGGCAUGUGUGGCGAAAGCAACUGGCGUGCUGCAGGGAAUGUGGCAAAGAAGAGGAAAAACCUUUCUGAAACAGGUCUCGAAAUCGCCGGAUGUAGACAUGCCCUUGCCCAUAAUGCAGUGAACAUGUUUCACGGGGAGAUUUAUGGGUACGCGCACUAUCUCCAGACAACAUACUUUCUGCCAAAGGAAGUCGAAUUUUUUUGGUAUGACGUAGUUUGUCAGUACUGGCCCUGGCUGCGGAUGCAUGAUCCAGACACAGCGUCAAAAAUGAAGCCCGCCUUAUCAGUGAUGCACGCCAAGGCACAUUCCUGGAACUGUCAGCCGCAGUGGGGAGGGCGAUGGCAGGAGGGUGCUGCCGCAACAACAGGCGAAGAGGUCGAACUGAUAAACAGCCACUUUUCUCGACUUGGGUCGUCCACUAAACAUAUGCUUCCAGAGGGUCGGGAAGAGCUCCUUACAGAGCAUGCACAAAAGUGGAAUCAGAGGAAGAUAGAAUCCCUCCCACGUUCAUUGGCUCAGCGUUACAGCAAGGCAGAGAAACGUAUAGAAGGUCUGACUCAAGAGAUAAGCGAGAAGCUUGCGGGCGUAGAUGCUUCCUUUGAAGAGUGGAAGGCCGAAGUGAUUGCAGUUGCACGAGCUGAAGAGAAGUCUGCCUCUACUAUUUACAAGACCUCUCCUGAAGAGGACAUGCUCCUGGGCCACAUCCAAAGUCUUGGUGAACGUGCGUCACCAACUCACAGACAGCUGUUGAAAGUGUUCGACAUUGCUAGCAAGAGAAAGAAGGAGCUGGUAGCCCCAUGUUCGCUGUCAUUCGAUGUUGAUGGCACCGAAACCCGGCUCAAGGGCAAAACUCUUGCCUAUCUCAAACAGAGGAUAGUUGCUGCCCACUACGCUAUCUCCCAGGCGGCCUACAACAUGUCGAAGAUGACAGAUAGUGGCAAGCAAAGAAGUAAACUGCGCAAAAAAAUAUCGCAAACAAAAACAGAGGCAGCUGUCCUGGUAGAUGCUUGGGAGAAGCUUGACGGCAGGAAGAUAUCCAUGAGCCAAAUGGAGGUCGGCCAAUUUCCGUGGUGCGAUAGGCAUGAGGAUGAUUCAGCAAUUCCAGUGCGUACCAAGCGUCUUCUGGUAGACUUAGAGAUGGAGAGGCGGCGGUAUACCGAGGAAAGACAGGUGGUGAAAAGGGAGAUGCGCUCCUUUUUGCUUUACUACUGCAGAAACUUGUUACCGUCGUUGGAGCUGCAAAAAGAAAAACUUGAAGACUUUCUUGCAGGUGACACAGGCAACCAGGUUUUGCCGAUAGAUAUCACAACUGAGCCCCCACAACAGAGACGACGUUACGAAUCCAACUCCCUCAGAGAGGGUGUCCUCAGGGGAAAGCUGGCCCUGGUUCAACAAGGGAUCGAAUUUGCGAUGCGGCAAAUUUCGUCAGGCUUUUCUUCCUUUGCCCCUGUACUAAAUGAAGACUUGGAGGAGUUCCGUGACACUCUGCAGACGCCUGAUGAAGAAGAAAACGAGGAGGAAGAAGAUGACGAAGAGGAGUCUGAUGAGAGUAGCGAUGACGAAGGAGACGACGCAAUUCCGUCUACAGCCAUACAGUCUAAAGACUUAGGCCAAGGCGUCCACGCCUGGUGUUUCCCUGAAACAAUAAGUCAAGGAACAUUCAACGGUAGAAACGGAAGCAGUGCAUGCAGCGUAAUUGCCUUGGUAAUUGGCCAUAUUUUCUGGGGCAAAUCUCUUUUGCUCCCGCGUCCGUCCGCUUUGCUCCCAGAAAGUAACGUUGCUGCAAUGUGCGUAGGUAUCGAGCAGGGAAACAGGAUUUAUGACCUGCAAAGGAGCAGCCUUCCCACGCGGUACCUCUCCAUAGAGGAAGCCGCAGGCUAUCUCGCACCAUGGUUUGACUGCUCCAUUCGUGAGACCUUACCCGUCCGCCUAGAAGAUCCGCACGAGGAAACAACAAUCGUAUAUCAGUUACAAAAUGCCGUUCCUCCUGUGGGGUCUUUCAAUCUAGCUUGCCUUACGAUAAGUUGUAGGUCUGCACUUUUCGUGAUCAGCGGCACUCAAAUUGCUUACUUUGAUAGUCACUCGCAUAUGGCUAAUCACGGCGCGCUAGUACUGUUAUGUGCAACAGAAAACAUGCGUACGUUUUGCGAGGCGUUAUGGCGUUACGAGGGCUUUAACAAAUCCACAUAUGGUAACUUAUCUAUGGUAGAAUUCCAUUAAAUUUGUAGCCGGGGUCACCUGCUGAAUAGACAAAUUGUUAGUCGUCCCUAACUUUUACUCGCUAACAUAUGCGCACACGCAAAUCUUCAGAGGAACAUAGGGAUGUGUGUCCUAUCGCGAUACAGAACGAGGACUCUUUACUUCGGGAUAUCAUUUCUGUCCCAACGCAACGUUAGGUAAAAGUGAUUGUAUAGGCAUGUAACUGUAACUGUAAAGUAGCACAUUUAUAUUAAUCCGGCGAGGCUGGGAUUAUCAAACAGAGAGAACUUAUAAUUAAAAGUAGUGAACAAAUCAAA